AUGACAACACUGAAGUCUGAUCUCAAAGCUAUCAUCGAGGAAGGUAUUGAAGCUGAGAUUACGGCGCUGAACUCCGGGAUCAAAUCUGCCACUCAGGAAGUCAUCAAGUCCGAGCUUCAAGCUUUUGCAUCUGGGAUGAUCUCACAGACCACUGAAUCCAAGAUGAACCACUACCGUACCACGACAAUAUCGAAUACGAUAAUGCCGAUCGAUUCAGAUGAUACAACAAUCGACAUCUUCGAAGACACGCAUGACACCCCGAAUUUGGGCGACCUCCCGGCGCUAUUCAAUGUUGACGAAAGUCACUCCUCGGUUUUUCCCUUUGCUCUUCUCUUUUCUAUCUCUUUCUUCUUCAGAUCAAAAUAA